CAGAACACAGCCUUAGACUGACGGGGGCAAACUGCCGCUGAUACCGCUGCUGCCGCCGCUGCUGCUGCUACACGCUCCGUGGGGUCCACGUUCACAAGUGAAUAAAACUCAUCUGAAGCAGCCACAGAAUUGGACCUGAAGGAAUCUUUAUUCUUUUACAACUUGACCAUACGUUGACACAAUCAUGCCCCCCGCUGCAGAAACCAAACUAGGUUACACACCACCAGAUGGAGGCUGGGGCUGGGCUGUCGUCUUGGGCGCUUUCAUCUCCAUCGGUUUCUCCUAUGCCUUUCCCAAGUCCCUCACUGUCUACUUUAAGGAAAUUCAGGCGUAUUUUUCAGUUUCCUACAGUGAGAUUGCUUGGGUGUCUUCAGUCAUGCUUGCCACUAUGUAUGCAGCAGGACCUGUGAGUAGUAUACUCGUCAACCGCUAUGGCAGCAGACCAGUGGUUAUGGUCGGUGGGCUAAUGGUCAGUUCCGGUAUGGUGCUUGCUUCCUUUGGCACUAGUAUCAUACAUCUCUAUCUUUGCGUUGGCGUUAUUGGAGGUCUUGGCCUUGCCUUCAACCUACAACCAUCCCUGGCAAUUGUGGGGACAUACUUCCAUGUCAAAAGGCCGCUGGCGAACGGGCUUGCAAUGACAGGAAGUCCUGUUGUUCUGUUCACUCUGGCCCCUUUAAAUCAGUUUCUGUUUGACUGUUUUGGUUGGAGAGGGAGCUUCCUCAUCCUCGGAGCAAUAGUUCUGAACUGCUGCGUCGCUGGUGCUCUUAUGAGACCAGUCAAAAAAAGUGUUAAACCCCAACCAAAGACUGAAACACCACCGGCAGCCUCCGAGGAGGACGGUGCGCGGUCAUCUGACUUUCAAAUUGAAGAAAACCAAACUGAGAGCAGGUGUCAAGGCUGUGCGCACAGAUUCAUAGAUUUCUCACUUUUUAAACACAGAGGCUUCCUCAUUUAUCUCAUCGGUAAUGUGGUCAUGUUCUUUGGCCUUUUUGCACCUGUGGUAUUUCUGGCACCAUAUGCCAGACAUCAAGGGAUUGAUGAAUAUUCAUCAGCUUUCUUGCUUUCUAUUUUUGCUCUGGUUGACAUGUUUGUCAGACCACUAACUGGCCUCCUUGGCAACACCAAGUGGAUUAGGCCAAGGAUCCAAUAUUUUUUCAGUUUUGCUGUUUUUUUCAACGGCGUGUGUCAUCUGUUGUGCCCACUGGCACAAGGAUAUGUGGGUCUGGUAUUAUAUACCGUCGUCUUUGGAAUGGCUUUUGGGAUGCUUUGUGCACUUCUCUUUGAAGUUCUGAUGGACCUCAUUGGAGCGCAACAUUUCUCCAGUGCAGUUGGACUUGUCACCAUCAUUGAGUGUGGACCAGUGCUUCUUGGACCUCCAAUUUCAGGAGCCUUGGUGGAUGCUUUUGGGGAUUAUAAAUACAUGUUCUACGCUUGCGGUGUGAUACUGUCGGCGUGUGGCAUAUUUUUCUUUGUCAUGCAUUUCUACAACUACAAGAAACUGGAUGAGGAGCGGAAGCAGAGUUUGGCUGCGGAGAGGCGGACUUCAGAAGAGGCAGUCAAACUUAAAAUGAGUCCAGAUGAUAAAGCAGCAUAUGAAGCAGAAGGAUGAAUAUCACUCAGUAUUUGAAAAAAUAACGUUUAUUUGACUUCUUGGACUGUUAGUUUAACAUUUAGUGCUUCAAUUGUUGUUUUAUGUAUAGCAAUAGUACUUUUACUGUAACUAAUGGCUUUUCUUCAAUAAUUCAAAAGUGUCUGUUCCUUUCACUGCAGUUAUUAUAAUGGCUCUACAAAUUCCCUAAGGGACUUGUGAAUCAAACCAAGAAUCCAGGAGAUGCAUCACAUAUUCUUUAUUAUUAUUAUUGUUGUUAUUAUCCUUGGACCACUAGAUGGCACUGGACACUGACGCUAUCAUGUGAGAAGUGGUCAAAGAGAAACACAGCAAUCCUCAUUGAACUGCACUUCAACUAAAACCAUCACCAUUGAAGGUAUGGUUCCACCACCACAACCCAAGUGUCAUCAAGGGCACAGCAGUUCAAGAAACCAGAAUAUUUAAUCAGUUGGUGUUUUUAAAAAAACCUUCACCUUAUGCUGCCAACAAAUUUACCUCUCAGUUUUCAAGAUGGAAUCAAUAUUCUUCAAGCUUCAAUAUCACAGUCAUCUGUAAAAUGAUUUGGGAAUUUAACUUAUAAAUACUUGACUCUUAUCUGCGGUUGUAAAGAUCUAUAUCCAACUUAAAUGCAGCCACAGGCCACCAAAUAGUUCAGUGGUUUGUGUAUUUUUAGUAUGACACUAAAACGUAUUUCUGUACAGCUAACAACCGAACAAUGCAAGGUCAAAUAUUCUGAGUCAUGUAAUAUGUUGCGGAGAGAAAUACGUGUGAUCUCAUGCCAAAUCACACUAUCCUCCCACAUGUCAACAUACUGCGUGAUUACAGUCCCUUAGUCUCUGGCCUUGAGCACCUGCAAUAAAAGAUGCAUGCAUGGA